AUGACUAGUAUAGAAAGAAUCGAAAAUAAGAAAGAAACGAGUAUUCUCUGUCGAUUUUUCAAAAGCAAUGCCAGUCCUCUUUAUCAUGCAUGUCAAACUGGUGAUGUCAAUCGUGUUCGAGAGCUUGUCUCUUCUCUAAACUAUUCUGAUAUCAAUCGUCGUGAAUUCAAUGGAAGCACGGCUCUUCAUGCUGCUUCAUUCUUUGGUCACGCUGAUAUUGUUCGAAUUCUUCUUCAUGAACGAGGUGUAAUGAGACAUAGACGAAACCGAGAUAAAAUGACUGCAUUUGAAGUAGCAGCUAAUGAUGAUGUUCGUCAACUUUUCAUCCGACUUGGUGGUGGAUCGAAUCGAUUCUGUAAUGAUGAUAAUUGCAACAAUCAAAAACAACUUUUGAUAGUUAUCAAUAGCAAUGAACAAGACAGCGACAAUAACAAGGAUGAUGAUGAGGAUACAUCACCAAGAAAAUGGAUUGAUUUAGUAGCGGAUGAGAGUUACAUUCAAGGGCUAAUAAUGACUAAAGUUCUUGGAAAAUAUUUAUUUAGUUCACCAUUAGCUCGAUCAAUUACAUUUGCUACGUUCAACCACAUGCUUCAUGAUCAAUUCUCACCAUAUGAAAACGAGGCAUCCGUAAGAGAUUUUUUACAACAUCUGAUUGAUACACAUGUUACUCGUAAUCAUCCUCAAUAUUACAAAGCAUGUGAACUGGUAAACAAAUUCGCUCGAACAAAACGGAUUGAACCAUUGCUACGUCUCUACACACUUGAAACACCCUUGUAUCAUCAAUUACACUAUGAAUCAGAUGCAUGGCUCCUUCCACUUAUCUGUCACUUUGCCAAUUUAAAAUCACGCUUCUUUCAAGGUACAUCCUAUCGUGGUUUAUCAAUGAAAUAUCAAGAAUUAAAAGACUAUCGAUCGGCAUGCGGAAAAACAUCGUGUAUCAUUCGAACAAACACAUUUUGUUCAACAUCCACUGAUCGUCAUGUUGCCGAAAGUUUUUUAAAUGUUGACUCUGAGAGUGAUCUAAUCCAUACUCUAAUGAUUUUUGAAUUUCCUUUUCAAUGUGAUACUGCUAUUCAACUCUAUGCUAUUUCUGACAAAUAUCCGUGUUUGUCUGAUUUUGAAGAUGAAAAAGAAGUCUUAUUGUUACCACAAACAUUAUUCCAUGUUAAACGUAUUGAUAAUGAUGAUACACAGCAUUAUGCAACGAUUUGGCUCGAAUACGUACCGCCAGAACAGCAUCCAUUACGAGCUUAUAUCCGAUCUAUCUCUAGAACUAUUCGAAAUCGAUGA